AUGAAGUCGACCAUCUUUUCGGCAUUGCUCAUCGCCAGCGCGUCGGCGGCGGCGGUGAAGAAGACGGCGGGCAAGCGGCAGUCGUCGGGCACGACGCUGAUCCCCAACACGUGCUUCGACGACUACUCGAGCCUGGAGGAGUACUUCGACUACCUGUACCCGUGGGGCAGCGACCACAACGGAUCGGCGCGCAUGGUGGGCAACAGCACCGACCACGACUACGUGGCCAUCUCGCCGGCGGGCCAGCUCACCAUCACGGCACAGCCGGUGACGGGCCAGCCGGCGACCAGCGGCGGCACCGCCAUCAACUACCUGUCCGGGGCGGUGCACGCCAAGCAGAGCUUCGCGGUCGAGGCGGGCGGCGGGCUCGACUUCUCGGCCUCGUUCCUGGCGUCGACCGACGUGGGCACAUGGCCGGCCUUCUGGCUGACGGCGACCGAGGGCUGGCCACCGGAGAUCGACAUUGCCGAGUGGAAGGGGUCGGGCGACAUCUCGUUCAACACGUUCAACACCAGCUCCGAAGUCGAGGCCAAGGACGUCGAGUACCCCAGCCCCACCGAGUUCCACGACAUCAAGGCCGAGCUGCGCGACGAGAACGGCAGCGACGUGUCCAUCAACUUUUACAUGGACGGCGAGCUCAUCACCACCCAGGUCGGCGCCGGCUACACGGGCGCUGGCUUCUACCUCAUCAUCAACCUGCAGAUGGAGGGUUCUUCGGGAACGCCGGGCCCGACGACCAACACGACGUACGCGGUGAAGAACCUGGAAGUCAUCAGCUACAACCCUUAG